CGCUCUCCCUCUGAGCUUGACGGUGUUGCAAGCAGCCAUGGCGCAGAGGUCUGGCGGAGAGCACCGCUGCGUCGAAGCUCCGGCUCGCCGCAGCGGCGGCAAGGCUGCAGCCUCGCCGGAGAAGGCGCUCAACUGCUGCGUGCGCUCCGUCGCGUUGGUCGAGAGGGCGGGCAACGCGCUCGGCACACUGGCGUUCACGUGGGCCACCGUCGUCCUGCUCGGCGGCUACCCCACAGUGCUCCGCCCAACCGACGACUUUUGGUUCGCGACGACCAUUGUCUUCCUCGAAGCGGCAAGGAUGUUCAGCCGUAACAAUAGACUAGAUUACCAAGUAUUCUUCCAUACUAGAGGUGCUGCUAGAUCUCUUGGCUGGAAGGGGCUGGUCAUCAUCGUAAGCCUUUCCAAUGUUCUGAAUUACCUGUUCUUGGUCUCGACGAAACAUCUGAAUGCUUCUCCAGAGUUUAGAAAUCCAAGUGAUGUGGAUUUGAAACGACUGAAUAAUCUUAAUAUUGGCAUGCUAAUACUAACCGCCGCACUUGGGCGGCUUCUGUCCCCAGGAGCUCUGAAGUUACUAGGGAACACACGGCUACGCCGUUCCAUGUCGCUGUGUAGCCCCUUAGUUGCAAUCCUAUUGUUAGCUCCCUCUAUACAGUCAAGUGCUGAGGGCACUUUCAGAAGCACAAUGGCCAAGUGGACAGUGUUCAUCGUAUUAUUUUUAGCAGUGCUUCUCCUUACAAUCAGCCGCCUACGUUUCCGAAGAAUCACUCAGCUCGUUGAUCGUGCUCUAGGAAGAAAACAAGUGUUUUGGCGCCGACUGAUUAUGAACUUGUGCAUGCUUAUUGCCCUAGCGAUGGUGGUGUUCAUGCAUGAUGAUCCAAUAUAUUCAGCUUUCCUCCUGGUAUAUGCGCUAUAUGCUGUACUUGCUGUGUCAUUUGGCAACUUGCAGAUUCCGGCUGCAGCCUUACGUGUUGUGCUCGCACUAGUGCGUCUCAUACCACACAACUACUAUGGUGACGGUGAUGACACCAUCGGGGACAAGACAAACCUCGCGCCAUCUCUGAAUAUCUUCUAUGGGAUGGUCCUCGGCCAAGGAAUACUUUACCUUGUGGCCUGCACGCUCGACAUCUUCACAUUCAUCCCCCGGAGAUCUAUCGCCCGUCAUGGUGGAUUCGAAGGUCAGCUGGGAAUGGAAUCUAUCAAUCUGUACCACGGGUAUGUUCUGGAGAAAUGCAUGGAAAGGGAUGCGCUUGCUCCAAAGAAGAUCAGCCUCAGCAGCUUUGCCAUGGAUUCCCUGAACUCAGACUCACCCAGGAUGCAGCUCCAUGGGAUCAGGUUAAUGCACAACCUUCUGCAGACAGAGCCUGCUAAGACACAGCUCCUCGCAAAGCUCACCACCUCUGCGAACACAUCAGCUAGAUUAAUCAACAUGCUGGACUGGACGCAUCCAAGGAACACUACUAUCAGAUUGUUCGCCGCCAAGGUGACCGCAGAGCUUGCAAAGGGCCUCCGAGUGGUCACUACCCCUGGGUUAAUUCAGAGUGUAUCUGCACUUCUUGAUUGCGGUAACAAAGUGAGAGGACGAGGAAACCCACUUAUGGACACAGAUGAUGAACAAGAGGCAAUGCAUGAUCCAGUUCUGAAUGUCUCUGACAACCACGAGGAAAGGUGUAUUGCAGUUCCAGACAGUGGUAACCUAUUGGAAACACAAGAUCGCUCAACCCAGCAAGUUGGCACCACCGAACAGAGCUCUGAGGAGGAGCCUCUAGCAGAGACCGACCAGGAUCUGCUCCCUGCUCUGGCAAUGUCAAUUCUAUACAAUCUGGCUGGUUGUGAUCAGAGCAACUGUGAGGAGAUAAUCCGAUCAACCGGACUCAUUCCAAAGAUCAUAAGAUUCACAGCCUACCGUAGAAGCGACGCGAACUAUACUGACUCUCAAGGGAAGGUCCUUGUGACUUCAUCACUACAGUUGUUGCACAGGCUCACAAGCAUCAAUGGAGAAAUCGGCAUUAUGCUGCGGCACAAGGUAUCGAAGCAUGCCUUCCUCCUAAGAAACCUAACAAAGAUCCUCAAGGACUGCACGAGCAGCCAAGAAUCGAGGAAAUUGGUGGCAGGAAUCCUCAGAAACCUUGCUGUCGACGGGAACACAAGGCAAGAGAUUGGGUGCAUCCAAGUGGUCAUUACGAGGCUGAUGCAGGAAUUUCUCAGCCUAGGCCGACCCUUGGCUACACAUGCUGAUCACGUGCUGCAAAAGGUCGCCGGGCAAGCGCUGGCCAUGCUAGCAAUGGAGAGUGUGCAUAACUCCUCGGUCAUAUUAAACGAAACAGGGCAUGUGUUCGUCAAGGAACUCACUACUAUGAUCCAUGAUGAUAGGUAUAGAUGUGUUGCUGCUAGUCUGUUGCGGAGUAUGUGCUUACACGCUCGGCCCGAGCUUGACGAGUCGGAUCUACAGGCAAUAUCUUACUCUGUUCGAGAGGUGCUGGAAAGAAUAAUGAAUGCAGAGGGGGCAGAACUAGAGAUCCUUAUCGGCCUUAGUUCAGAGAUAUGCAAAGUCAUUCCUGAAGACUUUGCCCGAGAACUGGAGCAUGGCUAUAUCAAGGAUAGAUUCGUCAAGAGGCUCGUCGACGUGCUGAAUGCAAACAUGGAACCCAGUGCUCACUACCCGGGGAUCAGGAGGGUGAUCAUCCAGCAAGCCAUAAACAUGAUGGAACACGACCCCUGUUAUGCGAGCUGUUUCGGCAAUUGUCGCAUGGUGGAAGCGGUGUCCAUGGUGGAAGAGACGGCCUCAAAGGCUGAGAACUACUCCAUCUUCCUGGGAGAUGUUGGGCUCAUGGAGCACAGGGAACCUCUCACGUCUCUCGUUGUGAGGGUUAAGCAGUUGCUCGCCGUCCGUCCGAUUCAGCAGCCAUCAAUAAGUACAUAGUUAUGGUGAGAGCAGCAUGAAGGUAGAGUGAUUAUAUGGAGCCAUAUCAAACCUCCAUUUCUGUUCAUAUGAAGCGUCUCCGUGACAUUAUUAAGUACACUCUAGGGAUGGCCAAGCCGGGGCACACUAUAGCGCCGUGCGCUCUGAUGGUGCUCCAAAUGCUUUUCGUCUUACGGAUCGUGCUUGUUGUUCAGUACACAAGUGCAUGUCCAGUGUAAGACAUUUUCAUGUCCAUAUUUCCUAGAAGAACAAGUUGUUGUGUUCCCUUUGUAUGAUGCAUCAUAUCAAAUCUUCCUCCCAA